AUGUUUGCCCUUUCAGAAGAGUCCAAGGAGCGCAUUGGCAAGCUCAUUGAUGUCUCACGCGUUGCCAUGCACUAUGGUUACCUGCCCCUGAUCCUGUAUCUCGGCUACACCAGGAGCGAGCCUCGCCCAUCAUUAAUCAAGCUUUUCUCCCCCCUCGAGUAA